AGUUGAAGGACCGCAAUUUUCAGCAAAUAAGAAUAUAACACGUUGUCUCGUAUGCUGUCUCCGAGUAGUUGAGGUGGUGACGAGACAGAAACUGAUUCUUCAUCGAUCGACCGCGCCUCAAUCUUGCGUGUCAAAUGCACAGAGCCAUCUCUCUCUCUCUCUCAUUUUUAAAGCAAAGCUGUCGUUUUACCUUCCUAGUAUAAUUUUUUGGAUAAACCCUCAAUCAAGACAGAAUCGUUAAUAAACCCAUUUGGAAGCAGUUCUUGUAGCUUAUCCCCUUUUUGUUGCUUCUCUUUCAGUUGGUUUGUUGUUGUUAAGUUUGCGAUUUAGUGAGAUGGGUUUGUAACUUUAGAAUAGGAAACUCAACUUAAUCUGAAGCGGGGUUCUUCAAAUAUUUCAAAUUGAAGAGAUUUGAGUUAGUUGGCUUGGUGUUCUAGUUAAUUUAAGGUUUGGGGGUUAGGUUUGCGGAGAAAUCUGUACCUGGAUUUGGAAUAAAUAAGAUUUUGAAGGGCAUGACAAGAAUUACAGAAAUGGUGAAGUUGGGAUUAAUGAUGAGAUAGUGAGAUUUGGCUGGGUUUUGAAUAAGCUACUGGAGAUGGCAACUGCUAGCAAAGCUAGGACUGUGCUCGAGGGUCUAGUAAGAGAAGGAUCUUUUAAAUGGUUACUUAGCAGGCGAACUUCCUUUGAUGAAGAAUUUGAGGAGAUGGGAAGAUCUCCAUCUGGAAGCAGGAAUUGGAUAGCAGAGCUCUCUCCACUUGCUAAUAUGAUUGUCCGUAGAUGCUCGAAAAUUCUCGGCGUUUCCACGACUGAGCUGCAAGAAAGCUUCAAUAUGGAGGCGUCUGAUUCAAUAAAGCAUCCGUCCCGGUAUGCAAGGAACUUUUUGGAAUACUGCAGCUUCAGAGCGCUGGCUGUAUCCAUUCAGGUAACAGAUCAUCUAACUGAUAGAAAAUUUCGACGCUUGACGUAUGACAUGAUGCUAGCUUGGGAGACUCCAGCAGCUUCCAGCCAACCUUUCGUUAAUGUAGAUGAGGACUUAAUGGUUGGGUUAGAAUCCUUCCUGCGAAUAGCUCCAGCUAUUCCGAUAAUUGCCAAUGUGGUUAUAAGUGAAAAUCUUUUUGAGGUGCUGACUAUGUCAACUGAUGGACGGCUUCAAUUCUCCAUCUAUGACAAGUACCUAAGCGGACUAGAGAGGGCAAUAAAGAAGAUGAAGACCCAAUCAGAUUCAUCACUUCUUUCUGCAGUUCGCUCGCCAAGAAGAGAAAAAAUUCUGGAAGUGGAUGGAACAGUCACCACCCAACCAGUUCUUGAACAUGUAGGAAUGUCUACUUGGCCGGGUCGGCUAGUUCUCACAGAUCAUUCACUGUACUUUGAAGCUCUUCGUGUUGUAUCUUAUGACAAGCCAAAAGUAUAUGAUUUAUCAGAUGAUCUAAAACAAGUUGUUAAACCUGAGUUAACUGGACCAUGGGGUACACGACUUUUUGACAAGGCAGUCUCAUAUAAAUCUAUUUCUUUAUCAGAACCAGUUGUCAUAGAGUUUCCUGAGCUUAAAGGGCAUAGUCGUCGUGAUUACUGGUUGGCGAUUAUUCGGGAAAUUUUGUAUGUUCACAGAUUCAUAAAUAAAUAUCAAAUAACAGGAGUUGAACGGGACGAAAUACUUUCAAAGGCUGUGCUUGGAAUUCUGAGGCUACAAGCCAUUCAAGAAAUUGGUUCUGUAGAUUCCAUUCAAUGUGAAACUCUGCUCAUGUUUAAUCUCUGUGAUCAACUUCCUGGUGGAGAUUUGAUACUGGAAACUCUAGCAAGCAUGUCCUCCAUAAGAGAAUCAGAAAGCACGGGCAAUUAUAAAGCUGGGGGUGGAAUGUAUUCAGUCUCAGCCUUGACCAUGGUUUCCAAUUUAGGAUUUGUGUUUGGAACAGGUUCAAGUGAUCCAAGUGAGGCUGGACUUGCUGUGGGUGAGAUAGCUGUGGGAGAGAUGAGUUCAUUGGAAAGAGCAGUUAAGGAAUCUAGAAAAAGCUACAAAAAGGUGGUCUCAGCCCAACAAACAGUUGAUGGGGUUAAAGUCGAUGGCAUUGACACCAAUUUGGCAGUGAUGAAGGAGUUACUUCAUCCUGUUAUGGAAGUUGGGAAGUGGCUUCUUUCCUUGGCAUUUUGGGAUGAUCCUGUGAAGUCUUCGGUUUUCUGUUUGAUUUUCACUUAUGUCAUUUGGAGGGGAUGGUUGGCUUAUGCCUAUGGAUUGGCACUUCUCUUUCUUGCAAUCUUUAUGGUGCUUACAAGAUUUUGUAAUGAAGGAAGCCCUGUUGACAAACUUAAGGUGGUAGCACCUCCACCAAUGAACACAAUGGAACAGCUUUUGGCUGUUCAGACUGCAAUUUCUCACGUGGAACAGUUCGUCCAAGAUGGAAAUGUUUUCCUUCUCAAGUUCCGUGCCUUGUUGCUGUCGAUUUUCCCUCAGGCAACCGAGAAAUUUGCAGUGGCACUUUUAUGCGUGGCUUUGAUCCUAGUUUUCAUACCUAGCAAAUACAUAGUACUAUUGACCUUUCUGGAGGCAUUUACAAGGUAUUCGCCUCCAAGGAAAGCAAGCACAGAAAGAUGGUCGAGGAGAUUGAGAGAGUGGUGGUUUAGCAUACCGGCAGCUCCUGUUGUUCUUGAAAGAGAAAAGGAAGACAAAAAGAAGAAAUGAUGUAAUUUUAUGUAACAUAAUACACAAGUGUUUGUACAGUAACGAAAACGUCAGAAUGUAAAUCUCAACAAGACUGACAAGUAAUAAUAACUAAAAAGAAGUGAUUUGUUGUCUCUGAACAAGAUGACUUCCGUGUUGAUAUGCAUGUUAUCUUGUCUCUGUAUAGCA